GUUUGUCCAUGAGAGAGAGAGAGAGAGAGUCGGUGGAUCGAGCAAAGGAAAGAGAAAGCAAAAAAAGAGGAAAGCGUUAACUGAGCACAUUCCUUACUGAAAUUACAGGUAUGACCCUAAGCUCCGAUCUAAUACAAUAAAUCACUAAUAAAUUAAGAUAAAGAGGACUCCAAGUUAGUGUUUUAAAAACAAGCACUACAUGGGCAACAUUGUCCACUAAUUAAAGUCACCCCCUAAAGUGAAUUCCACUGCCACGUGGCAUUCUUUACCUCAAGAAACCUCCCUAGCAAAGGAAAAAGAAAAGGAAAUGGUAACCCUUUCUGACAUCAUCAAACAGAGCAUCCAGAUCUUGCAGCAGAAAGAAGCUUCCUUCCCCUCACUCUCUCUCUAUCUCUUCCUAACUUUCUCUCUCUAGCGUAACAAAACCAGAGAUGAAUUGGGUGGAACAAGACAACAUAAGAGAAGAAGAAGCCCACAAAGUAACACCAUGAGAGCUCAUCAUACGAGCCUCCACUUUUUGAUCCUAUCAUUGACUAUACUAGCUUUCACACUCCAAUUCACAACCGGACUGGCCAAAAUUCAAGAUUUGAUUAGAACUCACAGGAGAAUUCUACACCAGCCUUUAUAUCCGGCGAGUUCAGCACCGCCACCAGCGGAAGCGCCACCGCCUCCGCCACCUGACAGCCCGACUUUCCCCAACCCAGACCAGCCAUUUUUCCCGGAGGUCCCCACCGGGACAACCCCGGAUCAGGCGCAAACACCGCCGGCACCGGCCAAUGGCACGGCGGUGCCAAACCCAAUUGCCACUCAGCCAACCAAACCUGCCAAGAAAGUGGCAAUUGCUAUAUCAGUUGGGAUUGUCACGCUGGGCAUGUUAUCAGCAUUGGCAUUCUAUCUCUACAAGCACAGAGUGAAACACCCAAGUGACACACAGAAGCUCGUCGGAGGCAGCAACUCACAGGGACUUCAAGAAGAAUCAAGAAUUCAACCGUCUACUUUUCUGUAUAUCGGAACGGUGGAACCAGCGAACCGGAGAUCGGUCAAUGAGGCUAACGCUAAUGAAGCAAAUGGGUCGCCUUACCGGAAAUUGAACUCCGUAAAGAGGUCGGAUCGGUACAGGCCAAGUCCUGAUCUCCAGCCGCUUCCACCACUGACUAAGCCUCCUCUUCCAACCAUGAAUUCGCCACCUCCGAUGUCCUCGUCGGACGAGGAGAGUCACGAGACGACGUUUUACACGCCGCACGGCUCUUUGGCCGAAAAAGAUGAAGGGUCUUACACGCCCAAUUCACGCCAUAGCUAUCCGAACAACAACACUGGCACUAGCUUGGUGUGUCAGGCCAAAGCUGAACGCGAUGUUACUAGUCCUCCUGUUCCUCAUUCCAAAAGAACUUCACCCAAAUCGCGCCUUUCAGCUUCGUCCCCGGAUACUAAACUUAGUAUUAUACCAUCAAUUAAGCAACCUCCACCACCGCCGCCGCCACCACCGCCGCCGCCAUAUUCCCAGUUGCUACUAAAGUCGUCUGUUCAAGCUCAAGUUGAGUAUAGUCCACCGACAAUGUCAUAUUCUCCAAAAAGACCAAAAUUUUCUUCACCACCACCACCACCAAAUAUGGCGCGUCUUCAUUCAAUAAACAAUCAAUCCCCACAGGCAUCCAAAAUCCCAGUUCCGCCGCCUCCACCACCGCCAUCAAUGCUGCAGAAAUUUGGAUAUUCGGAAACAAGUGUCCUCUCAACCCCUGCCCAAGAUUUGACAAAGCCACAAUUAAGGAUUCCUAGUCCCAAAGUAGCUUCUGGGGUUGAGAAAACAAGGCCUGUUGUUGAUGAAGUUAGCAGAGGUGCCAGUUCUUCAGAGAGGAAUGAUGCUGAUGAUGCGGAUGGAUCAAAACCCAAAUUGAAGGCUCUGCAUUGGGAUAAAGUAAGGGCAACUUCAGACCGAGCAACGGUGUGGGACCAGCUGAAAUCGAGCUCCUUUCAAUUGAAUGAGGACAUGAUGGAGACUCUUUUUGGAUGUAAUUCCGCUAAUUCGGUUCCAAAAGAAGCGACUAGGAGAUCAGUUCUUCCUCCUGUGGAACAGGAGAACAGAGUUUUGGACCCAAAGAAGUCACAGAACAUAGCUAUUCUGUUAAGAGCAUUGAAUGUGACGAGGGACGAGGUCUGCGAUGCACUUCUAGACGGAAACCCAGAAGGCUUGGGUGCUGAGCUUUUGGAAACUUUGGUGAAGAUGGCUCCAACAAAGGAGGAAGAGAUAAAACUUAAAGAUUACAGUGGAGACAUCUCAAAAUUAGGGUCUGCAGAGCGAUUUCUCAAGGCAGUACUUGAUAUACCAUUUGCCUUUAAAAGAGUUGAAGCCAUGCUCUACAGAGAAAAUUUUGAUACGGAAGUAAAAUACUUGAGGAAGUCUUUUCAGACCCUAGAGGUAGCCAGUGAAGAACUGAAGAACAGCCGGUUAUUCCUAAAACUUCUUGAAGCUGUUCUCAGGACAGGAAACAGAAUGAAUGUUGGCACUAAUCGUGGUGAUGCUAUAGCUUUUAAACUCGAUACACUGUUAAAAUUAGUGGAUAUAAAGGGAACAGAUGGAAAAACAACUUUGCUCCACUUUGUAGUCCAAGAGAUUAUCAGAUUGGAAGGUGCGGGUUCUGAUUCUAUUACUGAAAACCUCCCAAACCAAAUGAAUUCCAAAGUGAAGGAGGAGGAUUUCAAGAAGCGGGGAUUGCAAGUUGUUGCAGGGUUAAGCAGAGAACUUGGCAACGUCAAAAAAGCGGCAGGAAUGGACUCAGAUGUCUUGAGUAGCUAUGUGUCAAAGCUUGAAAUGGGGCUUGAGAAAGUACGUCUCGUUUUGCAAUAUGAGAAGCCAAACAUGCCUGGGAAAUUCUUUGCAUCAAUGAAAAUGUUUCUUAGAGAGGCCGAUGAGGAAAUCAGUAGCAUUAAGGCUGAUGAGAAAAAGGCCUUAGCCCUGGUUAAAGAGGUCACAGAGUAUUUUCAUGGCAAUGCUGCGAAAGAGGAAGCCCACCCUUUCAGAAUCUUCAUGAUUGUAAGAGAUUUUCUCUCUGUACUGGAUCAUGUGUGCAAGGAUGUAGGGAGGAUGCAGGAUACGUCAAUGGUGGGAUCUGCUAGAUCAUUCCGGAUACCUGCAACUGCAUCACUACCCGUACUUAAUAGAUAUAACGUGAGACAGGAUACGAGUUCAGAUGAGGAAAGCUCGUCACCGUGAGAAUAUGUUAAUAUGAUGCACUCCAAUUUCAAGGGGAUACUGUCAUUGUUCCGAACUCAUUUUGGAUCGAAGCAGUGUUGUUGAUAUCUCUCUCUUUCUUUUGUUAAAAGCAUGUCAAAGGAGUAGGAUGAUUGGGAAGUGAAAACCACUACAGAAGGGGCCUUCAUUGUCAAGAGAAUUCCACACCGUGCACACAAGGACAACUCUCACAUUGUAGAUUCUAGCUUCGUUCGUUCAAAUCAAGAAAAAGGUGUUUGUGGCAUGGAAUGGCAUUAUGGGAAAGUCUACAGAAUUGAAGGGCUGGAUACCAAAUAAAAAGAAGAACAAGAAUAAGGAGUUGUGCACAAGAGGGCGACAUCAAAAUGAUCAACAUUCAACACCCAGCAACAAGAAACCCUAAAUCGCAUAAUGAAGGAAAGAACGCUUCUUUUUCCCUCUCCAACACAAAUUAGCACAGUCAAAAGAUAGUCUUCUUCACUUAAACACAUACUAGAGAAAAUAAUGUUUUGAUGUCAGACAAUGCAUAAAUCUGAAUUUUAUUUAUAUCUCUUUCAUAAUUAGCAACCAUGUUUGAAGCUUUUUGUCUCUUUUUUUUUCC